UGACAGCUAGCUAACUCAUGCAUGUUUUGCUCAUGUUUCGUUUCUCCUCUCGUUUUCUUGUUGAUUUUAUAGAAUAAUGCCGAUAUUAAAACAAUUGUGUUGUGGAUAUUAAUAUUGCAAAAUAAAUCCAAAACAUUACUUUAAUCCUAAGUUGUAAAGAAUGGAUGUCGGAGAGCUACUUUCUUUUAAGCCAACCCCUACACCCAAAAGACCAAAUGAAGACGACAGUGGAGAUUCUGACGAUGAACCAUCAAGGGCGAGUAAGAUUCGGCGAUUUGGUAACACCAAACAUGAUCAACUGUUACAACAGUAUAGCAAAAGUCUGCCUAAAGAACCAACAAUCACUGAUAAGGAAAGAGAAGAUAUUUUAAGAUUUGUAGAAACUGAAGUUACAGAGGGUGAAGUUCUUGAUGACAUCACAGUAAAAAAGUUAGUUCUAAACUUUGAAAAGAAAACCCUUAAAAAUAGGGAAAUGAGAAUUAAGUUUCCAGAUCAGCCUGAAAAGUUUAUGGACAGUGAAAUAGAUUUGCACGAAGCUCUGCAGGAACUAAGUGCAGUGGCAACAGUCCCUGAUCAAUAUCCACUUUUAGUUGAUUUGAAAUGCAUUAAUUCAUUGUUGGAACUUCUGUCACAUGAUAAUACAGAUAUAUCCACUAAAGUUGUACAUCUCCUUCAGGAAUUAACUGAUGUGGAUAUUUUAAAUGAGAGUGAGGAAGGGGCUGAGGAGUUAAUCAAUGCUUUGGCUGAAGCAGAGUGUCCUGCUCUUCUGCUCCACAACCUGGCCCGUCUUGAUGAACAAGUACCAGAUGAAAGGGAUGCUGUCCACAAUACAUUAGGUAUAAUAGAGAACAUUACAGAAUUUAGGCCUGAAAUGUGUCCAGAAGUAGCAAAACAAGGUUUCAUGCAAUGGUUACUUAAGAGACUGAAGUUGAAGAUACCUUUUGAUGGUAAUAAACUAUAUUCAACAGAAAUUCUGUCUAUUUUGCUACAAAAUACACCGGAGAACAGAAAGCUGUUAGGAGAACUUGACGGCAUUGAUGUGCUACUACAACAGUUGGCGUUUUACAAGCGGCACGACCCGAGCGGCGCGGAGGAGCAGGAGGCGAUGGAGAACAUGUUCGAUUCAUUAUGCUGCGCGCUGAUGGAGCCCGCCAACCGGGACCGCUUCCUGCGCGGCGAGGGGCUGCAGCUCAUGAACCUGAUGCUGAGAGAGAAGAAAAUGUCUCGGAACGGCUCUUUGAAGGUUCUCGACCACGCUCUGGUCGGACCCGACGGCAAAGACAACUGCAACAAGUUCGUAGACAUUCUGGGGCUAAGAACAGUAUUCCCGCUCUUCAUGAAAACGCCGAAGAGGAAGAGAUUAUUGACUGUGGAUCAACACGAAGAGCACGUUGUAUCGAUAAUAUCGUCGAUGUUGCGCAACUGCCAAGGCAGCCAGCGCCAGAGGUUGCUCGCUAAGUUUACGGAGAACGACCUGGAGAAAGUGGACCGACUCCUCGAGUUACACUUCAAGUAUAUGGAUAAAGUGGACCGAGCCGAAAAGGAGAUGGAGCAAGAACAGGAGGAACUAGAUGAUGAUGCCCAAUACCUUAGACGGUUAUCUGGUGGAUUGUUCACAUUGCAACUCAUCGAUAGAAUUAUUCUUGAGGUUUGUAUCGCUGGACCUCCGACUAUAAAACAGCGCGUCCAGCGAGUGUUGUCUCUCCGUGGCGGUUCCCUCAAGAUUAUACGGCAUGUUAUGAGAGAGUAUGCGGGCAACUUGGGCGACGCUGGCAGUGAAGAGUGGCGCCAGCAGGAACAGCAACACAUACUACAGCUGGUCGACAAGUUUUAGCUAUAUUAGCAUGUCCGUCUUAUUAUAUGUUGCAUAGGUUCAAUGUAUAUGUGUGGAAGAUAAUGAAUGAUUAAAGUGUCGUUGCGUGUUUUUUGGUUUUUCUUCAACUACUAUACAGACAGCUGCAUCGUUACUGUAGUAUAUUUAAUGCUAGCACUUCCCAUAACAUUCAUUGUAUCCAUACUAAUAUUAUAAAUGCGAAAGUGUGUGUCUAUUAUCUCUUCAUGCUUAAACCGCUGAACCGAUUGAGAAGAAAUUAGGUAUAGAGAUAGUUGGAGUCCCAGGAAAGGAUUUUUUUUAUCCCUGAAAUCAUUAUUUAAAGGUGUGAAAAGCAUGUCGGAAGUUUGUGUAGGAGACCAAUUAAAC